AUGGAGGCAGUGCAGCGCAACAAGGAGUUCGUGCCUCCCUACGGUAACAAUGCCUCGAUGUAUGUGCGCCCACUGCUUUUUGCCAGCGGACAGAUGCUUGGGCUGGCACCUUUGGCCAGCGAAUACACCUUCUUCGUGACAGUCCUCCCAGCUGGAGGAUAUUUUGGCAAAGGCAGCGAGGUGGGAGUCAAGGCCUUGGUGAGCACCAACCAUGAUCGAGCUGCUCCGAAGGGUUUGGGAGCCGUCAAGGCAGCCGGAAACUAUGCGGCGGAUCUCUCGCCCGUCCACGGCGCUCACGCCCAGGGCUACAACACAACACUCUACCUCGAUGCGAAGGAGCGGAAGUACGUGGAGGAAUUCUCCGUGUGCAACUUCGUGGGCAUUACCAAGGACGGGCGCUAUAUCACGCCGAAGUCAGACACCAUCCUGCAGUCCACGACAAAUAUCAUGCUGCAACAGCUGGCCCGAGAUCGGGGGAUGAUCGUCGAGGAGCGGCCGAUUGACUUCCAGGCGGAAAUCUCCAAUUUUAAAGAGAUCGGUAUGUGUGGCACGGCCGCUGUUGUGGUGAAAGUGAAUUCCAUUCGGCAUGGAGACACAGUGUACGACUUCGAUGACUUUGAUACUAUGGCCAGCCUGCGAAGUGAGCUCACUUCCAUCCAGUGUGGUGAGCUCGAGGACAAGCACGGUUGGAUGAAAGAGAUCUGUGAUGCUGUGGACACUUCCUUCUCUGAGGAGUAUCCGCCGCCCGCCGUGUCGCUUGCCCCUGGCAUGGUGACGGCUGAGGCCAAGGGAACGGUGCAGAAAAUGGGGAGUGAAGCCAUGCAUGGUCUGGAGCGAUCUCUGCUGGAACACGUCGUGUCCACGGCCCAACCUGGCAAUCCUGACAGUGUCAUUGCAGCUAUGGAUGCUUUUUGGAACAAAACGUUCCAAGCCCAAGGAGCCCAAAAGUGGAACGUCCGGGGCCAGAAGAUCGAGGAGAAAGUUCAGGAGUCGGUACAGCUCAAGGCAGGCUCUGCGCACCCGGUGCGAUGCCUUGAGAUGGGUACGUACUGUGGCUACAGUGCCCUUCGAAUAGCGAGGAAUCUGCCGGAAGGCGGCAAACUCCUCAGCGUGGAGAAGGACGAGCUGUUCGCUGCAAUUGCAACAAAGAUCAUCGAGUUUGCUGGAUUGGACUCAAAGGUGAAGAUUUGGAUGGGUACGGUUCAUUCCGAGCUGGUGAACAUCACAGACAGGAUGGAGAGGCAGCCUGCAGAUUUUGUUCUCGUGGACCAUUCAAAGGAGCGAUAUGUUCCUGACCUCAAGCUACUGGAAGACUGUGGCGUCAUUGACAAGUCAACAACUGUGGUUGGCGACGUCGAGGUAUAUCCUGGAGACGAGAGGUUGCCGAAGGCCAUUCAGCAAGAGAUCAGCGAAUACUUCAGCGACAGGGAGUUCGCACUGGCUUCGAUGGUGUAA